CGCCUGUGGCCCCUCCUACUCAGGAGGCUGAGGCAGGAGAAUGGCUUGAGCCCAGGAGGUCGAGGCUCCAGUGAGCCAAGAUCGUGCCACUACACUCUGGCCUGCGUCAUGCCUCAACCAGGGAUCCGGCACACCGCCGCCGUUUCGCGGCCGCGCCCAUGGCAACAGUAACUAGCAACCUCGCGCAUUCUCGCGAGAGUGAGUCCCCUCGCGGACACAGGUGCGGUCCCCGGCCUCUCGGGCCCCUAGUUAACCCCACUGUGCACACCGGACCCUCCUGCGCACGCGCGCCGCGGAGCCGGACAGUUGGUGGUGCCGGCUCUGCCAGGCUGUUAGUCUCCGCGCCUUGCUCCGUAGCGCCCGACCGUGGCUCAACACGCCGGCGCACUGGCGCGCUGGUGGAGGCGCGGCGCGCAGGCGCAGCUGGGGGUGCGAGGCCGCGCAGGCGCGGACGGCGUUGAUUCGAAGACCUUCAGCGUUGCUCGGGCGGAGCGGAGACAGGCCCUCGGGGUGGAGGUCUUUGGUUUCAUAAGAGCCUGAGAGAGAUUUUUCUAAGAUAUGUGUAACACACCAACUUACUGUGACCUAGGAAAGGCUGCUAAGGAUGUCUUCAACAAAGGAUAUGGCUUUGGCAUGGUCAAGAUAGACCUGAAAACCAAGUCUUGUAGCGGAGUGAUGGAAUUUUCUACUUCUGGUCAUGCUUACACUGAUACAGGGAAAGCAUCAGGCAACCUAGAAACCAAAUAUAAGGUCUGUAACUAUGGACUUACCUUCACCCAAAAAUGGAACACGGACAAUACUCUAGGGACAGAAAUCUCUUGGGAGAAUAAGUUGGCUGAAGGGUUGAAACUGACUCUUGAUACCAUAUUUGUACCGAACACAGGAAAGAAGAGUGGGAAAUUGAAGGCCUCCUAUAAACGGGAUUGUUUUAGUGUUGGCAGUAAUGUUGAUAUAGAUUUUUCUGGACCAACCAUCUAUGGCUGGGCUGUGUUGGCUUUCGAAGGGUGGCUUGCUGGCUAUCAGAUGAGUUUUGACACAGCCAAAUCCAAACUGUCACAGAAUAAUUUCGCCCUGGGUUACAAGGCUGCGGACUUCCAGCUGCACACACAUGUGAACGACGGCACUGAGUUCGGAGGUUCUAUCUACCAGAAGGUUAAUGAGAAGAUUGAAACAUCCAUAAACCUUGCUUGGACGGCUGGGAGUAACAACACCCGUUUUGGCAUUGCUGCUAAGUACAAGCUGGAUUGUAGAACUUCUCUCUCUGCUAAAGUAAAUAAUGCCAGCCUGAUUGGACUGGGUUAUACUCAGACCCUUCGACCAGGAGUCAAAUUGACUUUAUCAGCUUUAAUCGAUGGGAAGAACUUCAGUGCAGGAGGUCACAAGGUUGGCUUGGGAUUUGAACUGGAAGCUUAAUGUGGUUUGAGGAAAGCAUCAGAUUUGUCCCUGGAAGUGAAGAGAAAUGAACCCACUGUGUUUUGGCCUUAAAAUUCUUCUGUGAAUUUCAAAAGUGUGAACUUUUUAUUCUUCCAAAGAAUUGUAAUCCUCCCCACACUGAAGUCUAGGGGUUGCGAAUCCCUCCUGAGGGAGGCGCUUGAAGGCAUGCCUGGAAGUUGUCAUGUUUGUGCCACAUUUCAGUUCAGUUCUGCAGUGUUAUUAAAUGUGUUCCUCAGCGACAGUGUAGUGUCAUGUUAGAGGAGACGAUCUGACCCUCCAGUUUGUACAUCACGUCCUGCAUGUCCCACACCAUUUUUUCAUGACCUUGUAAUAUAUUGGUCUCUGUGCUAUAGUGGAAUCUUUGGUUUUGCAUCAGAGUAAAAUAAAAUAAACCCAUCACAUUUGGAACAUAACUGCUCAUCUGA